AGGUGAAUUUUGAUCAAAAAAAAAAAACAAUACUUAAUUAUUGUGAAAUGUAAUAACUAAUUAGAAAGAAGCAAUGUUCCAUUUUGCUUUUAUUUUGUCUUUGUUUAUGAAUCAAAUAUUUAUAUAAACUCCACCAACACACUACACUACACAAACAAAAAGCUUGGAGCUCAUUUCUCUGUCACAAAAAUGGCGGCGAAGAAUAUUCACCACGUUCUGCUAGUCACAUUUCCGGCUCAAGGCCACAUCAACCCAUCCCUCCAGUUCGCCAAACGCCUCGCCAAACUCGGCGUCGCCGUCACCUUCCUGACCAGCUCGUCCGCCGUACGCCGCAUGACCACCACCGCCGCCGCAAUCAACUUCGCCUCAUUCAGCGACGGAUUCGACGGCGGCUGGUCCAACGACGAAACCCAGAACUUCAUGGCGGCGCUGAGAACCCACGGCAGCAAGGCGGUGGAGGACGCCGUCGCCGCCGCCGCAGCUGAAAACCGCCCCUUCAGCCGCGUGAUCUACACUCUCCUCGUCCCGUGGGCCGGCCAGGUGGCGCACCGCCUCCGAGUUCCGGUGACCCUCCUCUGGAUCCAACCGGCGAUCCUCUUCGGCGUCUACUUCUACUACUUCAACAAAUACUUCGACGCCGCCGCUAUGAACGAAGAAGACGACGGUAAUAAUAAUAAUAAUAAUAAAAUAAUCGAGCUUCCCGGGUUGCCACCGUUUGCUCCGUCAGAUUUGCCGUCAUUCAUGUCAGCCUCAAACCCUAGCAUGUACGACUUCGCACUCCCGACUUUCACGGAGAAUUUCGAAAUCCUCGAUAGAGAGAUUUCUCCGACGGUGCUCAUCAACACAUUCCAAUCUCUCGAAUCCGAAGCGUUAACCGCCAUAACCAAGUACAAGCUAACGGCAAUAGGUCCGUUAAUCCCGUCGGCAUUCCUCGACGGAAAAGACCCCACCGACACAUCGUUCGGCGGCGACCUAAUCAAGAAACCGCCGUCACAAGACUACCUACAAUAUCUUGACUCAAAACCGAAAUCCUCCGUAGUGUACGUAGCUUUCGGUAGCUACUCGGAGUUAUCAAAACCGCAAAUGGCGGAGAUUGCGAAAGGGUUGAUCAAGAGCGGGAAGCCGUUUUUGUGGGUUAUAAGAGGCGCCGAAAGCGUCGAAAAGCUCGACGGAAUAUUCUCGGGAAUAUUCCCGGGUGGCGGUUCUUUAAUGUAUAGGGAGGAAUUGGAGAGGCAAGGCAAGAUUGUGGGGUGGUGCACGCAAGUGGAGGUGCUCUCGCACCCUUCGGUGGGGUGUUUCUUCACGCACUGCGGGUGGAAUUCGACUCUGGAGAGCUUGGUUUGCGGUGUGCCGGUGGUGGGGUUUCCGCAGUGGACCGAUCAAACGACGAACGCAAAGUUGGUGGAGGAUUUUUGGAGGAGUGGUGUGAGAGUUGGUGGUGGUGGUGGUGGAGGUGUGGUGGAGGGUGAUGAGAUAGAGAGGUGCUUGGGGGUGGUUAUGGGCGGCGGAGAUAGGGCGGCGGAGAUGAGGAGAGAGGCGGAGAAGUGGAGAGGGUUGGCUAAGGAAGCUAUGGAGGAAGAUGGUUCUUCUAAUGUCAAUCUCAAGAGUUUUGUGGAUGAGCUUCUUCUUUGAUUUUAAUUUUAAUUUUAUUUUUUUUGAACUAAAAAUUAGGUCUUGGAUAUUUUGUAUUGUGUACUAUUUAAUUGGCUAUUUUGAAUAUUGUUGUUGUUGUGAAAUAAUUGAUAAAUGAAACACAUGUGUAUUUUUAUGUGAUUGAGUGAUGUACUUGUAAUUUGCGAUUA